AUGGCGACUGCUCUAUCCAGAAAAGCAAAUCACCUGCGCAACAGCUAUCGAUUUCUCACUUCUCGAUAUCUCUCUCAAUGCAGUAGCAAACCUUACAUUCCUUUCUCGCCACUCCUCGAGAAUCCAAAUCUCCCUCUUCCUCGAUCGGUUUUACCUCUCGGUGGAGGAAUCCAGUCACUACCGAUUUCUCAAAGAUUUCUGUUUAGCACUACUGCUGCUGCUAGUACUGUUGAUUCCGAGAGUUCAAAAAAGACUGAAGAGGAUAAAUCUGAUGGAAAUGAAAAGUCUGGGGAUUCAAAGCGGCAAGAUAAUAAUAAUGCUGGAAGACCAUUACGGCGCGGGCCUAUUUCAUGGUUGAGUUUUCUGUUGCUGGCGGCUACUGGAGCUGGAUUGAUUUGGUAUUAUGACAGGAUGAAGAAGCGACGUAUUGAAGCAUUAAAUAAAACUUCUUCGAUUGUGAAGGAGGGACCAUCUGUGGGAAAGGCAGAGAUUGGAGGCCCAUUUAAUCUUAUCGAUCAUGAUGGGAAGCCUGUUACAGAGAAAGACUUUAUGGGGAAAUGGACAAUGAUAUAUUUUGGUUUCACUCACUGCCCUGAUAUUUGCCCAGAUGAGCUGCAAAAGUUAGCUGCUGCUAUUGAUAAAAUAAAGGAAAAGGCAGGGUUUGAUAUUGUGCCUGUAUUCAUAACUGUUGAUCCUGAGAGAGAUAAUGUUGAGCAAGUACGCGAAUAUGUCAAAGAGUUCCAUCCAAAAUUAAUUGGGUUAACUGGCAGCCUAGAAGAGAUACAGAAAACUGCUCGUGCAUAUAGGAUCUAUUAUAUGAAGACAUCUGAGGAAGAUUCAGAUUACCUUGUGGAUCACUCCAUAAUAACAUAUUUGAUGGACCCAAACAUGGAACUUGUGAAAUUCUUUGGGAAGAACAAUGAUGCUGAUGCUCUUGUGGAUGGUGUUAUUAAGGAGAUAAAGCACUACAUGGUUUCUGGUCUAGCCCUUGUAGUUAGAGUUAUCUGGGCUCUGAAACUAAAAGGUGUGGAGUAUGAGUACAUAGAAGAAAACCUUCUUAAUAAGAGUGAAUUGCUAUUGAAAUACAAUCCAAUUUACAAGAAGAUCCCAGUCCUUGUUCAUGGUGGCUCGCCAAUAGCUGAGUCUCUUAUCAUUCUUGAAUACAUUGAAGAAACAUGGCCGGAGAAUCCGUUGCUGCCAAAAGAUCCUUAUGACAGAGCCAUGGCUCGAUUUUGGAUUCAGUAUGAAGGUACUAAGUGUACUGAAGCUUUAGGAGCGUUUUUCCGAGCAAACAAAGAAGAGAGAGAGAAGGCAGGAAAAGAAUUAUUGGAAGUGCUGAAAAUCUUAGAAGAGCAAGGCCUGGGAGAUAAGAAGUUUUUCGGUGGCGAAAAUAUAAAUCUAGCAGACAUCUCAUAUGGAGCAUGUGCUUAUUGGUUGCCGGCCAUGGAAGAAGCAAUAGGUGUAAAAGUUUUGGAACGAAGCACAUUACCUAAAUUACAUGCUUGGGCUAAGAAUUUCAUGGUAGUUCCUGUGAUUAAAGAAAACAUUCCUGACUAUGAUAAGAUGCUGGCCCAUAUUAAAGUCUGUAGGGAAAAGUUCGCCAAGAACUAG